AUGACAUCGACAUUGCCGGUCUGCGAGCGGUCCGAGGCGAAGCAGGCGGAGCUCAAUGCCCAGAUCCAGCGCCUGGAGAGCCACAUCCACUGGCUGGGCCAGGAGAACGAGCAGCUGCGGGCCGCGGCCGAGGCAGCAGAGGCGCGGGGCGCCGCGGCGGCGGGCGGGGGCGGCGGCGGCGAGGGGGCGGCGGCGGCGGCGGCCGAGGCAGCGGCGGGGGAGCUGAGGACGCGCGUGGCGGCGAUGGAGUCUGAGCUGCGGAAGUCGAAGAGGGCGGAGCAGAAACUGCAGGCCCUGGUGUACCGGCUGCGCCAGGACGUGGCGGCCGCGGGGCGCGACCCCUCCGCGUUUGACACCCUCAAGGACGUGAGGUCCCUCGAGUACGAGGUCGACUACCUCACAAACAAGUGCAAGAAGUACGAGCGGCUGGCGCGGCAGCAGGCCGAGGCGGCGGGCGCCGGCAGCGCGCGGCAGGCGGCGCCGGGGGCGGCUGCCGCGCCCGCCACGGGGCCGGCUGCAGCUGCUGGUAAGGCAGGCACGGCAGGCACGGCACCGGCGGGCGCGCGCGCGGUGGCGCUUGCUGAUAAGGAGAACAGGGCAUGA